AUGCAAGUGGUCGCAAGGCAAGCGGGGAAACAGGUUGUCAAACAACAGGCCAAGAAGCAAGCACAGAAACAAGUUAAAAAGCAAGUUAAAAAGAAGAUGAAAGAGAAAAUGAAAAAGAAGAUGAAAGAAAAGGCAAAGAAGAAAGUAAAGGAUAAAAUGAAAAAGAAAAUGAAAGAAAAAGCAAAGAAGAAAGUAAAAGAUAAGGUAAAAAAGAAAGCGAAAGAUAAAAUGAAACAGAAGGUAAAGGAUAAAGCAAAAGAUAAAGCAAAAAACAAACUGAAGAAGAAAAUCAAAGAAAAAGUUCGCGAUGAAAUAGAGGAUCGAAUACAAGAAGCUGUAGAAGACGAGAUUGGCGAUUUCUUUGGUCGAAAGGAUGAUAUUCCCCGAGAAGAGUUUCGUUUCAUAGAGAAGAAAAAGCCGAAAGGAGUGCAAGGACGGAUAGAUAACAUGGAAUAUGAACCAUAUUUCGCAUUUGUUGUCACUGUUGUUUUGGGAGUUUUUAUGUGCUUUGGGAUGGCGUUCUCAAAAGAUGUCCGCUGCUUGGUGUUUUUAACAGCCCCACAACUUUUUUCAAGUAAAGGGCGAACUAUUCUCAUGGCAUACGGUUUCAUGUUAGUGAUGUCUGGUCCUAUGGCUAACCUGGCCAUCAACCUGGAUAUAGCGAGUCAGAGCCAACUCUGCAGUGCGCAGCUUGCAGCCAAUCAAACAAAGGAACUCUUCGAACUUGCCACUGCUCCACUUGCUGUAAUCUUCAAUCGUUUGAAUGAUACGAUACAGGAGGUGAAGGAAGUUACCGACCAGAUCAGGGACGCAUUUGAGGUAGUACAGGAAGCACUUGACUCUAUAGGCGGUAUAACGAGAAGUGUUUAUGAAUGGAUGAAAGAUACGGUUAAAAGAUGUAACGAAAAGUUUGGAAAACCAGAGAGGGCGUGUUACAAUGGUUUACUUAAAGGAAAAAGAAAUUGCAAAAAAAAGGCGCCGAAGAUUUUUGAUUGGGCAUGUAAUAUAGUGGAUAUUGCUAAACCUGUUUGUGGGAUUAUCAAAGUUGGAAAACUGUUGUGCCAUAUCUCUGGCAAGAUAGCAAGCUUUGUAUCUAAAGGUGCUUCGAAAGUGAUACAAAAGAUCAAAGACGUAUUUUAUGUUAAAAUCGAGCUGGAUCAUGAGUUCAACUUGGAGAACAACUUUUCACGCUCAAUUGAUAAUAUUACCGGAAGUAUGGCGGAGGAAAUCAAAGCUCGUACCAAACAAUUUCGAGGCUUAUUGCGCUUCACCAACCAACUGUUAUCCCUCAGUUUCAUAUGGUUGUUUGUAAAGUACGAAAGCGUUGCAUAUGGAAUUAUUAUUGAACAGCUAAACACUUCGCUCCGUAUGGCAAAACCAGAAAAGCGCAAGUUUGCGAUGGGUUUGGUGAUCUGGUGUACCCACGCCCUCUAUACCGGCAUGAUAAUUGGCACCGAUUCCUUCAUUCAUUGGUUUCUUACCGUCAUCCGAAAGCACGCCAACAUUAAAAUAGAACUAGAAAAACCUGCAUUUGUUGAAGUAAAGGUGGAAGGGGACGGAGUGAUUGCAAAUGUUUACCGACGUCUUGUGGAGUCUUUUGAAUCAAUGAGCCAACUGAAUAUUAGUUUGGACGUAACAGAAUGUCUUCCACAACCGAAACCACCAAACGUUGGUUCUUACGAAACAAUAGGUAUAAUAUUUGCCAUGACACUGGUUAUGGUUUUUACUGAAGCAUACGGUCUACGCCUACGCCGUUUUAUUGCAUCAUUUUACUACCCACACAGAGAACGGCAGAGGGUCGUCUGGCUGUACAAUAACAUAUUGAAAAAACGCGGCGGGUUUCUGAAAUAUUUACGAAAGCAGAUGAAAGUUCGUAUGGAUUCAUCAGAAGAUAUAGAGAAAAUUAGCAUUUGCGAUAGAAUAGCAGCAAACUCAAAGUUCUGGCGAACAAUCUUUAAGUUUAUGGGAAUGAAGAAGAAGAAGUACUGUGUAGGAUGCGGGAAACCAGGCAAGCCUACUGACUCGAGUAACUUUAGGCAAUGUGAUAAUCGAAAGUGCAAAAGUUGUUAUUGCUUGGAGUGUAUGGCAGAUUUAAACAACAUUUGUUUGGUAUGCUAUAUGCCGAUAGACAUAGUUGGACUUGAUGAAUUCAGCGAGGAGAGGGAUUCUAGUGAUGAAGAGGAAUAUGAUCGACUGAUUCACAGCAAAAAAAAUUCAAGGCUAGUUGACGAAUUUGAAGAUGAUACCGGAGAAUACACCACUGCGACAGACGAGUAACCUGUGAUAAAUAUGUUACUUUAGACAACAUUGUCAAAUUAACAGAUACUCAUAUGUAAAAUUUAAUAUACAGUAUAGGCCUAAGUUAUGAUAUUGGAUGUUACCAAGCACCAUGUGUUAAGUUAGUGCCAAUCAAAUUACUGCUGCUGUCGGAUUGAUACAUAAACUCAGAUGUAUACCGCAGUGUCCCUCAAUCGCAAUUAUAGUUUUUGGCAUGAGUUAACACAACCCUAUUGAUGACUUCACUCUGUUAACCACUCAUCACGGCCUUCAUGUUCCUCCAGGAAGAUUUAUUGAAGCAAAAAACAGAAGAAACAGUUUGUAAAUUUUGAUUACAAUUCGUGCGGUGUCUAUUUUACCUUUUUAAAAAGCAAUUAAAUAAAAAUUUAAAAAUGCGUAAAAGGCUGUCCUUCGCAAAAUGGGAAAAGGCAUUAUAAGAUCUUUGAGAUGAAUACUCUUCUUCAUAACAUGACAUUACUGUUAUAAUUACAUUUCACCAGGGAACUGUUCACUGUUCCCUGAUCUCACCUUGGAUGUAGUAUAAACUAUUUGUUAUUAAUAUAAUUUGCGAUUCAUUCAAUAGAAAUAUAUCAAUUUUACAGUGUAUAGAAUGUUUUUAUGCCAUUAAAAUUAGGCCUAUACUUUCGUUAAUAAAAAUA